AUGAUGGUUAUCGGCAACAUCUAUGUGAUCGCCUCUGUCGCCGUCGUCGGCGGCGGACUGUUUGGCUUCGAUAUUGCUUCCAUGUCAGCCCAGCUGACCGAGAAUUCUUACAAAUGUUACUUCAAUCAGGGUCCGAAUGGCCCUCCUUUCAGUUAUGAUAAUCCCGAAAAGGGGUGCAGUGGUCCUCGCUCACUCGUUCAGGGUGGUAUCACUGCUUCCAUGGCCGCGGGGUCGUGGCUCGGUGCUUUGAUUUCUGGGUUUGUUUCUGGUAUUCUCGGUCGUAAAUAUGCAAUCAUGUCUGGCUGCGUGAUUUGGGUCGUCGGGUCCGUCAUAAUCUGUGCCUCGCAGAAUAUCGGUAUGCUCAUUGUCGGGCGCAUCAUCAACGGUAUCGCCGUUGGUAUCGAAUCCGCACAGGUCCCUGUCUAUAUCUCGGAGUUGUCUCCACCUUCUAAGCGUGGACGAUUUGUGGGUAUGCAACAGUGGGCUAUCACUUGGGGUAUCUUGAUCAUGUACUAUAUCUCCUACGGCUGCGCUUUCAUUGGCGGGUCGGACGUAGACAACUGGAGUGCUGCCUCCUGGCGUGUUCCCUGGGGUUUGCAAAUGGUCCCUGCCGUUCUCCUCUUCUUUGCGAUGAUGUUCCUCCCCGAAUCCCCUCGUUGGCUCGCUCGCAAGGACCGCUGGGAGGAGGCGCAUGAAGUCCUGGCUUUGGUUCACGGUAAAGGUGACCGAAACCACGCCUUCGUCACUUUGGAGUUGCAGGAUAUCCGUGAGCAGUGCGAGCUGGAGCGCACCUUCAACGACGCCGGAUACAUUGACCUGUUCAAGCCUAGGAUGCUGAACCGAACCAUGGUGGGUCUGUUCACGCAGAUCUGGUCCCAGCUGACUGGAAUGAACGUGAUGAUGUACUACAUCGGAUAUGUCUUCGGCAUGGCAGGCUACACGGGCAACGCCACUCUGCUAGCUUCGUCCAUUCAAUACAUCAUCAACGUCGUGAUGACGCUACCCGCACUGAUCUGGCAAGAUCGCUGGGGUUGGCGACCGACGAUGUUGGUCGGUGCCUUCUUCAUGUGCAUUUUUAUGUUUGCCAAUGCCGGAAUUCUCGGUGCUCACGCCGAGAUCCUGGCCAUGGAUGAUCGUGCCUCACCGGAGCAGUCGAUGAGUGUUAAGGGCACAGCAGCCAAGGGAUUGAUUGCCUGCACUUAUCUGUUCGUGGCUUCAUAUGCGCCGACCUGGGGACCGGUCUCAUGGACCUACCCACCAGAGUUGUAUCCGCUGCGACUGCGAUCCAAGGGAGUGUCUCUGUCGACGUCUGGUAACUGGGCCUUCAACACGGCACUGGGAUUAUUCACCCCGCCGGCGUUUGAGAACAUCACCUGGCGGACCUAUGUGCUGUUUGGAGUGUUCAAUGCGGCGAUGUUCAUCCAUGUUUUCUUCAUGUUCCCGGAGACGGCAGGCAAGACCCUGGAAGAGACGGAGGCGAUGUUUGAGGAUCCGAGUGGACCUAAGUAUAUGGGCACACCGGCCUGGAAGACGCGAGUGAUUACCAACCGAACCGUGGCUCUGGAACACGGUGAUCUGGAGACAGUCAAGGGUCGUGAGGAGGUAGCGGCCACGGUCAACACAACGGAGAAGACUGAAGGUCAUGCAUAG